CCUCCCCGACCCGCAGGCCCGCGGGUGCCUCCCCGACGGCGAGGGCUCCUGGGCCGUCGGGGUGUACUACGGGAAGACCCCCUUCGACCUCCGCCCCAUCGAGCUGGAAGGGAGGAGCAGCGCCAACGGCUCCGCGUGGCCGGUCGCCAACCCCGUGCUAACCUGCGCGUCCGCGACCGACGCCGGCUACCCCAGCAACUUCGUCGCCGACCCCUUCCUCUACGUGCAGGGGGAUACGCUAUUUCUCUUCUUUGAAACAAAAACAACAGCCACAAUGCAGGGCGAUAUUGGCGUUGCAAGAAGCUCCGAUCAAGGUGCAACAUGGGAAUUUCUUGGUAUUGCUCUAGAUGAGGCGUGGCACCUGUCCUACCCUUAUGUGUUCAAAUAUGAGAAUGAGAUCUAUAUGAUGCCAGAGGGGAACAAAAAGAAGGAGCUUCGACUUUAUCGUGCUACUAAAUUUCCUCUUGAAUGGACAUUGGAGAAGAUUCUCAUCAACAAACCGCUUGUUGAUGCUGCAUUAGUCCAAUACGAGGGGAGCUGGUGGCUUUUCGCCUCGGAUUUUACACGGCAUGGAACUGAGAAGAAUGCAGAGCUUGAGAUUUGGUACAGUACAUCUCCUCUUGGUCCUUGGACUGAGCACAAGCAGAACCCUAUUUACAAAGCUGACAAAAGUGUGGGAGCUCGAAAUGGUGGAAGGCUCUUCAUCUUCGAAGGGGCAUUGUAUCGUCCAGGUCAGGAUUGCAGCGGAACAUAUGGACGGAAGGUUAAGUUGUUCAAAGUUGAAAAGCUAACCAAGGAAGAAUACAAAGAGGUGCCAGUAAACCUUGGGAUUGAAGAGCCAAAGAAAGGGAGAAAUGCUUGGAAUGGUAUGAGGUACCAUCACUUGGACGUGCAGCAGCUCGACUCCGGUGGAUGGAUAGCUGUAAUGGAUGGUGAUCGUGUUCCUUCAGGUGAUUCGACUCGACGGUCUAUCUCUGGUUACAUGGGACUUUUCUUGGCAAUUCUUCUGGUCAUUUUUGUGGGUUUUGUGAAAGGUGCAGUCAACUGCUACAUUCCUCCAAGUUUCUGGGCUUCCCCGGCUAGGAGAAAUGAAUUAUCACGUAUCUUGCCUGUGCACCGCCUCAACCUGAAAGUCCGCAGAUUUUCUACCAGUUGUGGCAGAUAUGUCUCUUCUACCAAAGCAAGGCUCAACGAGAAAACAUGGUCCAACACGCUGUUCUUCUCCGUGAUUGCUCUGGUAGGGACUGUGAAUGUCUGCAUUGCUGUGCAUUUCUUGUGUAGUGGUAAUGGUGCUGAACAGGCAUAUACACAUCAAGGGCAACACUCCCAGUUCACCAUGGUCACGAUGACAUAUGAAGCUCGGCUCUGGAACUUGAAACUAUUUGUGGAACAUUAUUCCAGAUGCGAGUCAGUCAGGGAGAUCGUUGUUGUCUGGAACAAAGGCAACCAUCCAACCAGUGAUGCUUUUGAUUCCACGGUGCCUGUCAGGAUACGAGUGGAAGAGAUCAACUCUCUCAACAACAGGUUCAGAGUCGACCCUCUGAUAAAGACCCGGGCAGUCCUGGAGCUGGACGACGAUAUCAUGAUGACGUGCAGCGACAUAGAGAAAGGAUUCAAGGUCUGGAGGGAACACCCCGAGCGGAUGGUCGGGUUCUACCCGCGGAUGAUUGACGGCGACCCUCCGCAGUACAGGAACGAGCGGUACGCUAGGGGCAAGAAGGGCUACAACCUGAUCCUCACGGGCGCCGCCUUCAUGGACAGCGCGUUCGCCUUCAAGAGGUACUGGAGCGAGGAGGCCAGGGAAGGGAGAGAGUACGUGCACAAGAACUUCAACUGCGAGGAUCUGCUCAUGAACUUCAUGUACGCAAACGCGAGCUCCGGAGGCAGGACCGUGGAGUACGUCCACCCGGCGUGGGCCAUCGACACCUCCAAGUUCUCCUCCGUCGCCAUCAGCCGCGACACCCAGAAGCACUACGACGUCAGGACCAGCUGCCUCGCCAAGUUCACAUCCUUAUACGGCCCUCUACCUCAGAAAUGGGAGUUUGGUAAGCGAGAAGAUGGCUGGGACAAGUAGUCUGGACAAGGGCGGGGAAAAUAGUGCACAGGCAGCCAACACUUGCAUAUUUUGGAUUUUUUUUUUGUUGCCCCUCCCUCCCAUGGGAAGUUUUGUAGCAUGGGAAGAAAUGUUAUUAUAACCUUUCUGGUUAGUAGUUUCUUGUUUGU